ACGUUCCUGAGGGUGGGGCGGGGGCAAGUGUCAGUCAGGUCCGGAGCAACACUGGGGGACAGCGGAGACCGCGGCAGCAGACACGGCCUUAGCCGGCUCCCCACCCAAGAUGGAGUUCCUCCUGGGGAACCCGUUCAGUACCCCGGUGGGGCAGUGUCUCGAAAAGGCCACAGAUGGCUCCCUGCAAAGUGAGGACUGGACGUUGAACAUGGAGAUCUGCGACAUCAUCAACGAGACGGAGGAAGGGCCAAAGGAUGCCAUUCGAGCCCUAAAGAAGCGGCUCAACGGGAACCGGAACUACAGAGAAGUGAUGCUGGCAUUAACUGUGCUGGAGACAUGUGUGAAGAACUGUGGCCACCGAUUUCACAUCCUUGUGGCUAACCGUGAUUUCAUCGACAGUGUGCUGGUCAAAAUCAUCUCUCCCAAGAACAACCCUCCCACCAUUGUACAGGACAAAGUGCUUGCUCUGAUUCAGGCUUGGGCAGAUGCCUUUAGGAGCAGUCCAGACCUCACUGGUGUCGUGCACAUAUACGAGGAGCUGAAGAGAAAAGGGGUCGAGUUUCCCAUGGCAGACUUGGACGCUCUGUCUCCAAUACACACACCACAGCGGAGUGUCCCUGAAGUGGAUCCAGCCGUGACCAUGCCCAGGCCCCAGUCGCAGCCGAAGACGAGUGCUGGCUCCUUUUCCUCGCCUCCUGCUCCCUUCUCGGCUCCACAGGCCCCGCCUCUGAGUGUGACUGGCCCCAUCACAGCCAACUCAGAACAGAUUGCCAGGCUGCGGAGCGAACUAGACGUUGUUCGAGGAAACACAAAAGUCAUGUCCGAGAUGUUAACAGAAAUGGUCCCUGGGCAGGAGGAUUCAUCCGAUCUGGAGUUGCUACAGGAGCUGAACAGGACCUGCCGGGCCAUGCAGCAACGCAUCGUGGAGCUCAUCUCCCGUGUGUCCAAUGAGGAGGUCACCGAGGAGCUGCUGCAUGUCAAUGACGACCUCAACAAUGUCUUCCUCCGAUAUGAGAGGUUUGAACGAUACAGGUCGGGCCUAUCGGUACAAAAGGCCACUAAUGGAGUACUGAAUGAGGUGACCGAAGACAACCUAAUAGACCUGGGGCCGGGCUCUCCAGCUGUAGUGAGCCCCAUGGUGGGGAACACAGCACCACCGUCCUCCCUCUCCUCCCAGCUUGCGGGCUUGGACUUGGGAACAGAGAGCGUCAGUGGCACCCUCAGUUCACUCCAGCAGUGUAACCCCCAUGAAGGCUUCGACAUGUUUGCCCAGACGAGAGGGAAUUCCUUAGCUGAACAACGCAAAACGGUGACCUACGAGGAUCCACAGGCAGUCGGGGGACUGGCUUCAGCAUUGGACAGUCGGAAACAGAGCUCUGAAGGGACUUUUCUGUCCUCGGCCCAGCAGAGAGGUAAAGGUGGGGACUCUGACCUGGAGCCUAUAGACAGCUGGCUAAUAGCCCAAGGAAUGAUCCCCGUUGUGCAGCCCUCUGUCAUGGACGACAUUGAGGUGUGGCUCAGGACCGACCUGAAGGGUGACGACCCGGAGGAAGGGGUCACGAGUGAAGAGUUUGAUAAAUUCCUUGAAGAAAGAGCCAAAGCUGCUGAAAUGGUCCCUAAUCUCCCCUCACCCCCGGUAGAGGCCCCGGCCCCGGCUCCUGCUCCCUCUGGCCGGAAGAAGCCUGAGCGGUCUGAGGAUGCCCUCUUUGCCCUGUGAGCUGUGGUUACGGUUUGCCUGCCCAGAGGCCCAGGUUACAAAUGCCCCCAGUGUCCCUGGCAAUGGGCACUGGCCCCUCCUCCCAGGCUUGCACCUGUGUCUCCAUGGAAACUCCACUGUGCUUGUUCCCAGGCCUCUCACUCAUCAGGACCAACUUUAACUGCCUUCAUUUCUCUGGGGGUGGGACAGCCUCACUGCAGCUGAGCCCCUUUGCCCCCAACCCACCGCACGCUCCCUCCCAGGGGGAGGAGGCAGCAAGGCCAGCUCUGGAUGGAGCAGGCCCCAGUCCCUCCCUCCCCCUGGUCCAGCCUGAGCCCCUCCUCUUCCAGAAGGGUUGUGUGCUGCUGCUCUGGGAGAGCAGGGUUCCCCUCCUGGGCUGCUGCUCCCUGACUCCUGUCAGUCACAGCACCUGGCAUGCCAACACUUUAGAAGGCCCUGUGGGGUGUCUUGUGUGGUCUCUUACCCUCUCGUCCCCUCUCCAUCACUGAGCUGGUUGCCCAGCCCCAGGCCCAUGCCCCAGCUGGCUCCCACAGGCCCCUGACAUGGGAUAGUCCCAGGGGCUACAAGGGCCACCCCAGCCAGCCUGUGGACAGUAGCCGUGUGGCACACUGGUUAGUGCUUGAAGCGAUAACACUACCGUAGCCUGAAUGCCCCAUGCACAGCCUGCACCCCCACAGCCCCUUGUGGGCUGUCUGUGGAGGGAUUUGUUUGGGAGGACUUCAGGUGCUUAUGAAAGCACCGCCUCGGGGCUCUGGCUGGACCUGGGGCAGCCUGUGCGCCCCUGCCUCCAAGACAGCUCAGAGAGCCCAGGCGGCCAAGUGGCCAGAACAGCACUGAGGUCCUGCCCCGCUCCUGUGGGACUCAGUCUCCCCCGUAGACCCUGGACAGCGUGACCUCCUCCCACCCUGGGUCCCCCUCCCCCCCGCCCAACCCCAGCAGCAGGUUUGCACCUCCUCCCCAAGCUGACUUGGGAGGCAGAAGAGCCAGGCUGAUGGGGCUGACAACACCCCGCUCCCACCCUCUGUCCUCCUGGUGUAUCUCCUGGCUGUGGGUGAUGGGCGUGGGGCUCGGCCCAUCCCCCGGUCCAGCCUGAUGGCCACCCACCCCGUGCGGCUAUGGCCCAGAUUGAGGAGAGCACUACUGCAGCUGCUUCCCACCUGCUGUGAGCCUAAGGUGGGGGCUGCAUGGCUAGUCGGUCCCCAUCCCCUCCAAUAGGCAGCCCGGGCCCCUGUGUAUCCUGACUGGGUAGGUGUCAGUCCUCCACUGGUCGGGAUGGCCUGGAAGCUGGGCUUUCACCGCCAGCACGGCAGCCUGAGCAGGGACAGCAGCGGCACAGGAUCUGGAAAGAGCACUUGGACUGGAGCUGAGAGCUGUGUCGAGUGCCCACAGGAGCAGGGAGCCGAGCAACCCAGCACCCAUGCCCAGUCUGGCACCAUUCCAGCUUCCUCUGGAAGAGAGGCCUGGGAUCCGGCCGGGGCCUGUCUAGCAGGAUCAGCUGGUGAUGCCACACUCCAGUUCCUCAGCGAUGCCCAGGAUACUCGUCCUUAGGUCCUGCCAGCCUGAUUUGGCCUCUCUGCCAGCUGCUGUACUUCUUCUUCUACCCAUGGUCCACACUGCGGCCCCCCAGGGCAGAGACCCACUAGUAUUCCAGCCCCAGAGCAGUCUGAGGGGUGGUCUCUGUAGAGGACAGGAGCCAUGGGGUGGGGGGCCGGGCUUUCCCUGCCCUCUGCAGUCAGUGCUGUGGCCCUAACCCCACAAUCAUGCCAGGGACCUCUGAGGGAAAGCCAGCCCCCUGCCUGGUGAAUGGGAAGCCCCUCAUGGCCAGGAGCCUGCAGGGGCUGAGAGGAAGAAGAGAAGGAGAAGCACCUCCCAGGGAGACCCAAGGCACAGUUGUCCUUAGUACCCGUGCUCUAGAGCCCCAGGGGCAGCAGGGUGGCAGGCUUCUGUGGGAUGGCAGGAGGCCACUGGCCCAAGCAGAGAAGUGUCACCCACGACCCCAGCCCGACACCAUCCCUCAAAUGGCUCCGGUGCCUCCUGCUCAAAUGUCCUGUCCAGAGGUAGCUGCCCAUGUAGGCUGAGGGGACUCGAGGCCUGCCCGGGAAGCACGCACAGGCCCAGUGCUUUGAGGGGGCCUGUGAACCUUUCUAGGGUGCCCUGAGGCUGCAGCACCCUAGGUAUGGGGCCUGCCCCCCAGUCUGACAGCACAGCCUGCAGGCCCCCAGGUACAGGAGGGGCAGUGCCCUUGCAGAAAAUCCAGACCCUCCCAAGCCGCAGUCUCCACAGGUGUUAGAAAUCACAGAUACAGUAUGUACUUAAUUACACUAAAUUAUUGCUGGGUUUCCCGUAAGCACUAAUUAUACCUGAUUAUAGGUUAAAAUAUUUAUUUUGUCAAAAUAUUUUCUUGGGAAUGUGUUUAACCUGUUCUGUGUUUGUGUGUGCCGAGAUGUGAAAACUAACCCUCUCCUCCGGCCUGCCUUUUUGGCCAUGUGGGCAGUGGUGAGGUGAGGGAAGUCUGAACAGAGCUGCUGGUCCCCACCUGGGUACCCUGGGCGCUGGGCUGGGCCAGAGGGAAAGGUGGCCACUCAUCUGUCUUUUUGUCUUUCUGUCAGCGCUUCAGUGCAAACAACCCUGCUGAGAGGCUAGUACUGUCUGCCCUUCCCUCUCCCUACCAGAGGUCCAAAGCAGAGGGCUGGGGCCGCGCAGGAGUGCCUGUCACCCCCCUCCCCACAGCGUUGCUUCCAGGCCCUGCCGGGAGACUAGUGGCAAGGGCUCUGGAAGACCCUGGGUCCUCACAGCCCACCCUUGCCCCACACCCAAACGCUUCUUCACAGUCUGGCCUAGCCUAGGACAGUUGAGUGUGGGCCAUGGCCUUCCUGGGUACAGGUCCACGCCCAGCAGGUCUGGUGGGAGCGCUGUGGAGAAGGCUGUGCUCUCUGCCCGGCUGUGCCCCCCAUGGGCUCAUGUUAGGAGGGCUGGUCUCCCCACUCACCCACGCUGAGUGCCAGUUGGUCUUCAUCACCAACCACAGAUAAGUGUUUCCCCAGAAGCUGCUCCUGUCAAGCCCUGCAGUGCCCAUCUCUUCACACCCACCUCUAGCCCUUCCUGCCCACCGGGUCCGAGCUGGGCUUCCCUUGCAGCCACAGCCUGGGGGAUGUAAGUAGUAAUUGGUGCUCUGGUGUGUCCAUCACCAGGUGCUCCUGGAGGAAGGCGGGUGGAUUUGCACUUGUGAGAGCUCUCAGGAUUGUAGGAGCUGUGGAAAAGUGGAAUGUGGAGCUCGUUGUCCAGUCGCCCCUGGAGCUGGUUUUCCUGUCCCUGUCACAUGUUUCUGUGGGCGGUCAGUGUGUGUGAAGCUCAAAGUGGCCAGCCACCCAUGCCCCCCCCGCCAAGUGUCAUCUCUUUAGUUUGGGUUCUUGCAUGUAAAAUACGAUAAAGAAAUAAACAAGCCUUCCUGUGUGACUGCUGUCAAA